AUGUCAGGAUUUUCCGCUUUAUCGCACGUUGACCUCACGACAAUACCAGGUGCCCCCUCACCACGUGCAGCUCACACUUGCGACGUCGUACAAAAUUUCUUAGUCAUUUUCGGUGGCUGGUCAGGAAGAGAAGCGUUGGGAGAUGCAUACGCCUUUCACCUGAAAAAAAAGAGGUGGUAUUUGCUCAAUUUGAGAUUGGUAGAGUCUUCAGGAAGACGUGUAAGACAAUCUAACUUUGUUAUGGAUAGAAAUAACCACGCAUCAGCAGUAUACAACAACGAACUCUUUGUGUACGCAGGCCAUGAUGGCUCCAAGUGGCUGGGAGAUAUGUUCGCCAUAGAUGUAGGAGGACUGGAAGAGAGUGUGUCCGGACUAAAAUUCGGCCAGUCAGUAGAUGUCCAUGUAAGAAUAGUUGAAGGAACAGGCAAGGUGCCAACAAGACGUGCCUGCCAUUCAAUGACACUAGUAGGGCAGCUUUUUUACACCUUCGGAGGCUAUGACGGUAACCAGUGUUUCAACGACCUGGAUGUCUUUGAUCCAACUCUGAAUUCAUGGUCACGCCUUAGUAAGCCACACGGGAAAAAACCAGCAGCUAGAAAUGCACACGCAAUGGUGACAGAUGGUAGAAACCUGUACCUCCUUGGAGGACACAGUGGCUCAGUUCACUUUGACGAUGUUCACAUGUAUUCCAUUAAUUCACACACAUGGACUUGUUUGAACUGCGAAGGACGAGUUCCACCCGGUGUUAGAGGCCACUCUUCAGCGUUUCACAAGGGUGAGAUUUACCUCUUCGGUGGCUACAACGGCGAUGUGCCCUUCAACACACUAUACGUGUUCAACCUUAGGAGCUCAACCUGGUCAAUUCAGGACGUCUCCUACGACGAGGACAUUGAAAGAAGACAAAGGUGUACCAUGGUUACAUUACCUGAUGGAUUGUACAUCUUUGGAGGAUUUAACGGGACUAACUGGCUCAACGAUCUUCAUUCCAUCAAGUUCUACAACACCAUCUUAAGUAACAUAUUACACACAAUAUUUAUUUCUAAACUAAUUAAAUUAAUUAAUUGUUUAGGUGGAACUAAUAAUUUGAAUUGGUAUGUUAAGAACGUGGGAGGAUUUAUGAAUUCAAAUGCAUUUUCCGAUGUUACUAUCAUGGCAUCAGGGAAAGAAAUACCGGCACAUAAAUUAAUACUAGCCGCUAACUCUCCAUAUUUCUUGGAACUGCUAUCUAACGAUAAUGAAGAGCAGGGAAGGGAAGAAGAACAUACUGAAGCCGUUAAUGGAACUAGUGGAGAGGCUGUAGCCACAGAAAAAAGAGAACCUAAAAAAGCAGUUAUUGAACUCAACGAAUGGAGUUUUGACUGCGUAAUGAAGCUACUGGAGUUUCUAUACACAGCAAAGGUUGAAGAUUUGGGAAACAGCAGCCACUACAGAGUGUGUGAAAUACUUGGACUAGCAGACGCAUGCUCAGUAGUCAGACUGAAGAACCUUUGUGAAGAGGUGCUUGUAACAAAACUCGAUAUCGAAAACUCAUGUUACCUGUUAAAGUACUCUAAACUAUACAACGCAGAUUACCUAAGACAAUGCUGCUUCGAUUUUAUAUCAGAAAACGCAGCAGAUGUUAUGCUUACACCAGGAUUCGAAGACCUCUCCUCACUACCCUCACUGGUUCUUGAGCUGGCCAAACUGUCAAUAAACAAAAUGACGUGA